AUGUUAUUACUUCUCAUUUUAUAUUGCUCAUGUUUGAAUCAAUUUAUCUGCUCACCAGCUGAAAAUAAACUUUAUAAUGAUUUGUUAAUGGGUUAUGUGUCUGAAGAACGACCAACUUUAGAUAUUUCGAAACCGGUUGUUGUUAGUUUAGGCGUUGUUUUUCAGCAAAUUAUAGACUUGGUGAGAAAUUACAUUUUCCACGUGUGUUUUUCAAAAUAAAAUGAUUUCAGUCAGAAAAAGAGGAGCAACUCGAAGUGAAUGCUUGGCUAAAAUUUUCCUGGACUGAUGAAAAUCUUCGAUGGGAGCCAAGUUUAUACGAAAAUAUCACAGAUCUUCGACAUCCACCAGAUCAACUUUGGACACCAGAUGUUCUACUUUAUAACAGGUCAGAAUUCAAAUAUCAAAUACUAACUUAACAAAACUUAUUUUCUAGUGUGGAUUCGGCGUUCGAUUCAACAUACAAAGUAAAUAUUGUAAAUGCAUAUAACGGGUUAAUGACGUGGAUUCCACCAGGAAUCUUCAAAAUUUCGUGUAAAUUGGAUAUUUACUGGUUUCCAUUCGAUGAACAAACGUGUUUUUUCAAGUUUGGAUCAUGGACUUAUUCUCAAGACAAAUUGAAAUUGGAAAAAGGAGAUUUCGAUUUUUCGGUUUUUAUUGAAAAUGGUGAAUGGAUUAUUUUAUCAAAUAAAACUGAAAUUGUCAGUAAAGAAUACGUUGAUACGGCUUACGAAUAUAUCACUUUUACAAUUCAUUUAAGGAGGAGAACUUUGUAAGUUCCAAUGAUUUAUAAGACAAACAUAAGUAAUAAGUUGCCAGGUAUUAUGCUUUCAAUCUCAUUUCUCCGGUUAUUCUUACAAUGGUUCUUGUGGUUCUAGGUUUCACAGUGAGUCCAGAAACUUGUGAAAAAGUUGGACUUCAGGUAAGAUACUGUUUUUGAAAACUUAUAUACUUCAAAGCAGAAUUUCAGAUUUCGGUAUCUCUCGCGAUUUGUAUUUUUCUAACAAUAAUGAGUGAAUUGACACCACAAACAUCGGAAGCGGUUCCACUUCUUGGUGUAUUUUUUCAUACUUGCAAUGCGAUUUCGGUUUUGGCAACAUCUUUCACUGUUUAUGUACAAAGUUUUCAUUUUCGCAAUCAUCAAGUUCAUGAAAGAAUGGGAUUUUGGGUAUGUUCCGGAAGAGAUAACAGAUAAUGGAGAUUUUGUAGAUGAGAUUUGUUUUACUCGAAUGGAGCCCAUGGAUUCUUCGUAUGAAAAUGCCUGACCGUGAAAAUAAUUAUAAAACAUUGAAACACAGUUGGGAAGAAAGGAAACGACGAGAAUCAGUAGCAAGAACAGCAUUUGAAUAUGUAAGAAUAUCUCAAAAAUUCUGAAACAUUUUUCAAAAAAAAAUAAACAAUUUGCAGACUGAUGGAACAAUAACACAAAUUCAUUCAAUGGGAAUUAUGUUAAAAGAGAACUUUGAUGAAUUAAUUUAUCAAGUUCGAAAAGACAAAGAAGGGUCAGCACAAGCUGAUAGAUUACGAGUACUUCAAAAAAUCUAUGACCAUGUGAAAAUGAUUCGAGAACACGACGAUGAUAAAAAUGAAGAUUCGAUGGUUGCAUUAGAAUGGAGAUUUGCUGCGAUUGUUGUUGAUCGAAUUUGCUUAAUUUCUUUUACAAUUUUAAUUCUUGUUACUUCAACUAUUAUAUCAAUUCGUGCUCCAUAUUUAUUUGCAUAA